AUGGAACUAUGUAGAGUGAAAUUAAAGUUUGCAAAUUGUUUAACUGUUGAUGCCUCAGGCCAUAGUGGUGGAUUGGCUCUCUUAUGGAAAAAGGAUGUAAAGUUAGAAGUAAUUAGUUACUCUUCUUCUCAUAUUGAUGCAUGGGUGGAGGAAGAUUCAAAGCAAUGGUUCUUAACUCGUAUUUAUGGCCAACCUAAAGCUUCUAGAAGAAUUGAAACUUGGAAUCUUAUAAGAGGGUUGCCUAAAGGUCAUUCAGACCCUUGGCUUGUAUUUGGUGAUUUUAAUGAGAUCCCAACCCAGAGAGAAAAAUGGGGAGGGAGGAAUAGACUUGUCCAGCAAAUGUUAGACUUCUACCAGUUAUUAUCUGAUUCCAAUUUGAAGGAUAUUGGGUUUAGUAGUCAAAGAUACACAUGGUGUAAUAAGAGGGAGGACUCAGCUUUGGUUUCUGAAAGGUUGAACAAAUUUUUGGGGAAUCUAUCCUGGUGCAACAUGUUUGGAAGGGCUGCUAUAUUCCAUGGUUUUUCAAGUUCUUCAGAUCAUUUACCACUAUGGGUUGAUAUUAGGGGAGUCCAACCAAGGAGAAGAAGGCCAAAGCCAUUCAGAUUUAAGGCUAUGUGGUUUAAUCUCGGUGAGAAGGUGGAAGAUUCAAGAGUCGUGAGAAAGAUUUUGAGGUCUCCACUUGAAAGAUUUCGGCCUAAGGUUACUGUCAUUGAGGAAAGUAAGGAUUUGGAUGCAAUAAGGGUUGAAGAGCUGGAGCACUUGGGUAAUUUCAUGCUUGAUAACAUAGACAACAAAGUCACAGAGGAGAUGAAUGCAGAUCUUAUUAAGCCAUAUUCUGUGGAUGAAGUCAGUAGAGCUAUGAAAGAAAUGCACCCCUCGAAAGCCCCAGGACCUGAUGGCAUGCCCCCUUUAUUCUUUCAACAGUAUUGGCCUAAAAUUGGUAAUUCUAUAUUUGCUGCUGUCCUCCAUGCUUUAAACUCUAGUGAUUCCCCACAAGUAGUCAAUCAUACUUAUAUUAUCAUGGUCCCCAAGAAGAAGAAUCUUGUUAGAGUCAAUGACUUUAGACCCAAUAGCCUCUAUAACGUAAUAUACAAGCUGAUAUCCAAAGUCAUUGCUAAUAAGAUUAAAUAUGUCUUACCUACUAUUAUUUCAAAAACCCAAUCUGCCUUCUUACCUGGGAGAUUGAUUUCGGAUAAUGUUCUUGUUGCCUAUGAGGUUCUUCAUUUUUUUAAAAGGAAAAUGACGGGUAAGAAGGGUUAUUUGUCUCUCAAGGUAGACAUGAGUAAAGCUUAUGAUAGGGUGGAAUGA